CCUCACGGUGGUGUUCUCAAAGAUUUAGUUGCUCAUGAUGCUGCUAUAAAAGAUGACUUGCUAAAAGAGGUUCCAUCCUUGGUCAAUCUCAAUUUGACUGCAAGACAAUUAUGUGAUUUAGAAUUGAUUCUUAAUGGUGGUUUUUCUCCCUUGGAUGGUUUCUUGAAUCAAGAUGAUUAUGAAAGUGUCGUGGAUACCACUAGAUUAAAAUCUGGUAUCUUAUGGCCAAUUCCAAUAACUUUGGAUCUCUCAAAGGAAACUGUUGAUACCUUAAAAGUUGGUCAAAGAAUUGCUCUAAUAGAUUUCAGAGAUUUGAAACCAUUGGCAAUCUUAACAAUUGAAUCAGUCUAUCAACCUGAUAAACAAAAGGAAGCUCAAAAUGUAUUUAGAGGUGAUCCUGAACAUCCUGCUAUCAAAUACUUAUUUGAAACCGCCGGUGAUUAUUAUGUUGGUGGUUCUUUACAAGGUAUCCAAUUUCCAAUUCAUUACGAUUACACCAACAUUAGAAAGAACCCAACUCAAUUAAGAUUGGAAUUCACAUCAAACCACUGGAAUAAAGUUGUUGCUUUCCAAACAAGAAAUCCAAUGCAUUUAUCUCAUCAUCAAUUAACUUUAAGAGCUGGUAAAGAUCUUAAUAGUAAAAUAUUGAUUCACCCAGUUGUUGGUUUAACUAAGCCCGGUGAUAUUGAUCACUUUACAAGAGCCAAGGUUUACAAUGAAAUUGUCAAAAAAUAUCCUCCAGGUAUUGUUUCAUUAUCUCUAUUACCUUUAGCAAUGAGAAUGGGUGGUGAUAAAGAAGCUUUAUGGCAUGCAAUUAUUAGAAAAAACUAUGGUGCUACUCAUUUCAUUGUUGGUAGAGACCACGCAGGCCCAGGUAAAAACUCAAAGGGUGUCGACUUCUAUGGCCCUUAUGAUGCUCAGGUUUUACUAGAAAAAUAUGUCGAUGAAAUCGGGAUCACAAUUGUUCCUUUCAGAAUGGUCACUUAUUUACCUGAUAAAGAUCGUUAUGCUCCAAUCGACGAAAUUGAUUUAAAGACAACUAAAACAUGGAAUAUUUCAGGUACCGAUUUAAGAAACAAAUUGAAAAACGGUGAUCCAAUACCUGAAUGGUUUACUUAUCCCGAAAUUGCUAAAAUUUUGCAAAAUAGAUACCCCAAAAAGACUUUACAAAGUUUCAUCCUAUAUCUAAAAUCAUCAAAGCCAAAUGAGGCAUUCAAUGCUGUUGCUUUAUCCAAUGCUUUACAAUCAACAUUCAACCAAUUUGAAAAUAACAGACAUGUUACCGUUUUAGAC